CCAUAUCUGCACCGUUUAAACCCCGUAAACAGCCAGAGUUACCGGGAGCUUUUCUACAUGGCGAUUUUGCGCGGGCAACUAGCAAUUCAAUGUUACACAGGGCUUCGAUCGCAAGGAAUAUUACCCCUGGCAAAGGUUUCUGGUGCUUCUAACAUCUGCAGAGCUAGCUCUUCAUCUGGACCUGUAAGGUACAUUCCCGGCAGUUACUCUAAGACAGAAGGAGAUGAGAACCCUUCAUCCGUCAAGCAUCCUAAGGAUCUCUCAAAUGAUCGACCAGAAUCGAAAUCGUCACAGCAUGAAAAUUCUCCAGAUAAUCAAUCGACGCAUGAGGUGCCAAGGUUGAAGAACGCCCUAGGCAACCAGAAAUUAAAUGCAAAUAGAACCUCAGGUUCAAAAUUGGCAGACUGGAGCCGCAGAUUGGAAGAUGGUAAAGUUUUGAAGUUUCAAGACGAUGUUGGUUAUGCCAGGGAGGACAGAUAUGGUGAUCUAAUGCGAGAAAUUGAAACACAGGCGAAUGGGUCUGAGAACUCCUACGAGACUGCUGCUUUCGAAGUAGAAGUUUCUGCUAAUAGAUUGAAACGAGACGCCGAGACCUUCGCUAUUGAAGCACUUGCAGGAAGAGCACAUACAGUGAUCGAGUUGAAGAAGAAAUUGCGAGGAAAGAAAUAUUCGCCUGACGUCGUUGAGUCCGUCAUAUCUGAUUUCCAGGCCAGGGGGCUGCUUAACGACUAUCUCUAUGCAGAAACAGUAGCUCGAUCUCGAUGGCUAUCCAUGACCUGGGGACCAAGAAGAAUUAAACAAGCACUUUUGAGCAAGGGAGUGAGUGAAGAGACAAUUAUAGAAGCCCUGAAGCAGGUUUUUGACGAAGAUAACGCUGGUGAUGGAUAUGCACAUAUAGGCAUGUCUUCAAGUUCAAUAAAUAGCCUUUUAGAACGUGUGUCAAAACACUGGCUACGAGCAGUUGAUAUACCAGAAGAAAAGCGCAAAGCUAGGAUCAUGAGAUGGCUUCAAUACCGUGGGUUUGAUUGGGGAGUGAUCGCCCUCAUUCUGAAGAAGCUGGAGGCCAAGUACCCAUCUAAUGGACCAACAGAUUCUUGAAACACGUGUGGAGUUAUAAAUCAUGCUUAAUGAAGGUCUGCUUUACGUAAUUCAA